AUGAAUACACUUAAAGUCGUUGUUGCUGUUUUUGUCAGAGUUGUACAGCUAGUUGCUAACAUUGCAUGUUUUGUGAUCAGUCUUUUGCGUUCACGAGAAUAUAAUUAUCUAACUUUGACAGUCACUUCAUUAAAUUUUAUUUAUAAUAUUUACAUAUUGGUUGUGGUGCCAUUAAUGAAUCACAAAGCUUAUAAUGGAAUUUUAUUUGCUAUUGAAAUUUUCUUUAUUGUGGUAUAUCCUAUUUUCUCAGGUAUCCAAACAAUCAUUCGUCCUAUUACGACUUAUUGGAACUACUACAGUAGUGAUUUAUAUACAAUUAUUGCAUCUUUUGUUGGAUUCUUCUGUGCAGCUACAUUUCUAGUAUCCUACAUUUUGUUUGUUUGUUGGGGAGUCAUACCAAUUGUCAGACAUCAUGGAUUCAGAAGAUUUUUCGAAAAACAAUCAUUCAGAUUUGGCUGUAUGGUUUUUGAUACCGAGCUGGCUGAGUAUAGUUCCAAAGACUUUGAAGAGUUUUCUUACAGUGAAGAGGAGUACAUGGCAAGUAAAAAUGUUUCCCGCAAACAAAAUGCUUAUCCUCCAAGGCAAUGA